GAUUCCUUCUAUACUCACACAGGUGUCCUGGGAGCCAUGAGGUUUGAGGUUUGGGCCAGGCCCUUCCUUCAGACACACGUGUUAAGUCACUCUGGGCUCUUGCUGGUGCAAGGCCCUGCCUGGGGUGUCUUGUGCUCAUCCUCACCAAGCCCACCUGGGAGAGAGCCUGUGUAGGUCCCAGGGUUGGAGUAAAGACAGGGUCCAGAACUCUGGGGAGCUGUAGGCCUCCACAGCCCCACCCCACUACCUGGAUCCAAGUGGAAGCAUAGGGCAGGUGGUGCCCACUUCCCCUUCGUGUGGAUAGAGGGUCAGCAGCUCCUGGGCCCAGGGACCCUUUCCUAGUAUUAACCCAGGAGAAACCUAGGCCUUGAGAAGUGGAAGGAUUAGUGCAGAUCACACUGGCUCCUCCAGUGGGGCGGGGCCGCCCUGCUCUCCCCUUCCCCCAGCCUCAGGGCGCUAGGGGCCGGCCUGCAGGACAGUGAGCUGAUUGUGUCCCAGGCCAGCCUUCUGGGCCCCUGGCACGGCCUGGCCAGAGCUGAGGGGCCGUACAGAAACUAUGCACAGGCGGCACCCCUACCUGGGGGCCCGGCCCCAGGGGCCCCCGCCUGCUUCCUUUGGGUUUGGGCUCCUCAAGGCCUAGGGCUCAAGGCAGAUGAUGGCUAUCUUUCCAGGGUUGGAGUGGGGGGUACUGGGGUGGCUGUUGAUUCCUGGGAGGAAGCACAGUAAAUCACCUCUGAUUGGCUGAGUGUGGGCCUCGUGUCCAACAUCACUCUCAGGGAGGCAGGGUGGGACCUUGAUUGGCAGUAUCCCCGAGGCUUCAUGGGGUCAAAGGAUCCAAAUGCCUACCCACACUCCCCCACAAGGGAUCAGUCCUAGGUCUUGGGCCCACUGGACCUUGGGCUCUGGAUGGAGAUCUUCCUGCUGUAAGUAUGGAUGGGAGGUGGUGCAGAGAGAAACUCAACCGUUGGCAGAGGGACCCCACCAUGGGGGACAGGUGUGGCAGGCGUGCUGGUGGGACACCCGUUUGACACGGUCAAGGUGCGGCUUCAGGUCCAGAGCAUGGAGAAGCCCCAGUACCGAGGGACCCUGCACUGCUUCCAGGCCAUCAUCAAGCAGGAGAGCGUGCUGGGCCUGUACCGGGGCCUGGGCUCGCCCCUCAUGGGACUCACCUUCAUCAAUGCACUGGUGUUCGGAGUACAGGGUAAUACCCUCCGGGCCCUGGGCCAGGACUCACCACUGAACCAGUUCCUGGCGGGCGCGGCGGCGGGCACCAUCCAGUGCGUCAUCUGCUGCCCCAUGGAGCUGGCCAAGACACGGCUGCAACUGCAGGACGCGGGGCCCGCCCGCACCUACCGCGGCCCCCUGGACUGCCUGGCGCAGAUCUACCGGCAGGAAGGCCUGCGCGGUGUCAACCGGGGCAUGGCCUCCACUCUGCUGCGCGAGACCCCCAGCUUCGGCGUCUACUUCCUCGCCUACGACGUGCUGACCCGCGCGCUGGGCUGUGAGCCGGGCGACCGCCUGGUGGUGCCCAAGCUGCUGCUGGCGGGCGGCACGUCGGGCAUCCUGUCCUGGCUCUCCACCUACCCUGUGGAUGUGGUCAAGUCGCGGCUGCAGGCCGAUGGGCUGCGGGGCACCCCCCGCUACCGCGGCAUCGUCGACUGCGUGCGCCAGAGCUACCAGGCCGAGGGCUGGCGUGUUUUCACGCGCGGCCUGGCCUCCACGCUGUUACGCGCCUUCCCCGUCAACGCCGCCACCUUUGCCACCGUCACUGUGGUGCUCACCUAUGCGCGUGGUGAGGAGGCCCGGCCUGAGGGCGAGGCUGUGCCCGCUACCUCUGCUGCCCCAGCAGGUCCUACCCUGGCCCAGCCCUCCAGCCUGUGAUGCCUGGGACCCUGGCAGGGAAGAGCCCGACCUCCCCAAGGACCGCUUUUCAAAAACACAACAUAGAUAUAAAUUGACCCCUGGCCGAUUGCCCUGCCCAGACUCCCAAACUCCAUGGGUCGUGGACUCCAUCAGACCUGGGUUGCAUUCUCCUCGGCUGGGUGACCUUGGCCACAAAUUUGACUUUCUCAGUUUUCUCCACUGUGAAACGGGGAUCCUCGCACCCAUGUCGUACAGUCAGGAAGCUCAGAGAUGAUGCCUGGUGCAGUGCCAGCCUGGCACGGUUACUUUGAGUCUUCCAGAAACCCAGCCAACACUCCAUCCUUCCCUGGGAUCCCAGCCACAGCCCCACAGGGUCUCUCUCCCCAUCGAUGGGCUGCUCAGCGACUCACUAGUUGGAAACCCUCAGCCAGGCAGAGCUCUGGGGACGUCUUGGCCUCUUGUGUGGUCUGUAUGGGACAGGCAGGCAGCUCAGGCCUCCUGGUGUCAUAGAACUGAGCCCUCUGCCAGUGCCCACAGCUUCUCCAUAUGGCACUGCCACGAGUACCCCUACUGCCAGUCCCACUGGAGGGUAACCUGGGGGACCCACUAAGAAGAACCUUCUAGAGGUGCCAUAUUAGCCUAGGGGCUGGAGUAGGGGAGUGGGCACAGGCCAGUAGGAGAGGUGAUCUCAAUUAAAUACAGCUGAGGCAAGGGAAGUCUUUUCACCAUCUGGGCCUCAGGCUGCCCAUCUGUAAAAUGGGGGCAUAGGUCAGCUGCUGUCUGGAGCGCUGGCCUACUACUGCCAUCCAAGUUUUCCUGACGUGUGCAGAGGGGUCAGCAGGGAAAGCAGUAUAGGGAGCCCCCUCCCCAGCAGGCGGUGUCUUUCCUAGGCGAUCUCAGUGCCUGGUGUUUCCGCGAGGCCAGGCAGGGCCUGUUAGUGGGCACAGGUAUGGCAGGUUUGGACCCCUUCAGACCGAACAGCACCUGAGCCCACCCUCCAGGGGCUGUCACCAGGAGCAGAGUGGAGGUGUGAGCUUGGGGCAGCUUGGCACUUCCAGUACAUUGUGGCCGUGAGAUGGGACGAGGAGGUGGCGAAUGCUUCUGUACAAGUUGGAGGUGACUGAGGUCUCCUUUGCCCUGAGUGAGGCUCAGCCUCCUGGCUGAUAUGAUAAGCUCUCCCAGGAGACAGACUGUUCAAGGAAGAAGGACUCCCACCUUGUGGCAUCGUUGUACAGAAACCACCAAGGGAAUAAAGUGUUCUUUGUUUUUUCAAGAGAACAGGGCUGCACUUGUGGAUCACAGAGGAAGGGGUUUCCCCACCCCCUCACUGGAGCCCGAGGAGCCGGCUUGGUGGCCUAUGUGCCCUCAGGCCCUGAUGGCAGCCCCAGCUGUGUGGCCUGGGUGGGCUGUAGGCUACCCCUGGAUCUUCAGUUUCCUCAUCUACAAAAUGGGGCUAAUGGAGGCCUGGGGAUUAAGUGAGUAAAUCUCACAGGCCCGUUGGAUGCAGCUCAGCCAUUCAGCAAGUGAUGGGAGGCCUGGUGCUCACCGUCCUCCAGCUGGAGGCUGUGUGCUGUGACUUCUCUGGAAAGGCUGCAGUGUGGAGGCUCAGAGGACUCUACCGGAGGCCAGAAACGUCUUCCCAGAGCAGGGAGGUUUCCGUGGAGCUCUGAAGGGUGAAUGGACCUGUCCAUCUGAGGUUAGACCUAACCCAGCCUACACGGCCUCUGAGGGCUUCCUGGAGGAGGCCUUUCAUGCCAAAGGGGUGUUGUCUUCAUGUCUGCCCACCCCCACAUCUGCUCAGCCUCCUGGCGUCAAUCCUGGGCACCCUGAGUCUCCACAGCUGCCAACCUGGAGUCUCUAACCUUCCAACCACUGAGCCAGAAGCCUCUGCCCACCUGCAGAGGGAGCAGGAGAGAGGCCCCCCUCAACGUUCCCUCCUGGAGUGCGCCUGCUCUCCUGGGCCUUUAUACCCCAUUGAACCCCCAGCACCAGCCUGUGACGUCAGGCUUGUCUGCAGUUACCAGGGACAGGCGGGUGGGAAGGGGCUAGCUGGUGACCCCAGGCAAGGUGUCCUCAGAUGCAUCACAGGCUCCAUGAACCCAGCGGAGCCCCCAGCACCCUGGGGUCCCAGGCAGCAUCCUUCUCCAAUGAAAUUUUCCUGGCCUCUCUCCCUACUCUUUCCUCUGAAAGAAACCAUGCAGAUGCUAAAACCCAGGGUCCCCCAUUCCCGCCCAAGCCACUGAUGGUUAAACAUCACCAAGUCAGGCAGGAGGACAGGUUGGCAGAGGUGCGGGGUUUUUAAUAAAUUUUUGGACACUCCAUCUUCUCCCUGA